AUGGCACCAUCACCUAUGUUUGUGGCAACGACGCAGGCCGUUAGCCUGUCUGCGGCAUCUAAUGUGGUUGCUCAAACACCAUGGGCCCUAGAUCUGACCCAGCUCGGCCGCUUCGUGCUCCUCAGCGUGUUGACAGCACCGCCCAACUAUCAGUGGCAGCUCCUCCUUGAGAAGUGGUUCCCGGCUUAUGCGCGGGCUUCUGCAGCAUCAGAAUACCCGAAAGAGGGACGAGAUGUGGAGAAGGGAGAAGUUCGGCACGUAGAGGACGUCAAUAGCAAGCCGAAGCUCAACGUGCGCAAUACCCUGAUCAAAUGGUUCGUGGAUUGUAUGACUUUGGGCGCUCUUAUCAACACUGUGGCAUUCCUCGUCCUCAUGGGGGUCUUGAAGGGGCAGGAGAUGGGGAUGAUAGGACAGAACCUGAGGACUGAGACUAUUCCCAUCAUUGUGGCAGGGUACAAGAUCUGGCCGAUUGCGUCGAUAGUGAGCUUUAGUUUUGUGCCCGUGGAGAAGCGCAUAGUCUUUCUCAGCUUCAUCGGAUUUCUGUGGGGCAUAUACAUGAGUUUGGUAGCUGCGAAGAUAUGA